AUGAAAUUUCUUUUGCUUACUGUUGUAAUUUGCCUUAUCUACGCUCUUGUUAGUGUGGAUGCUUCACCGUUAAUUAAUGAAGCUCGAAGGGCAAGAUGCGCUCCAGUUGCUACAAGCUGUGAAACCAUACCAUGUUGUAGUGGACUUAAAUUUUCAACAGACCUCUUGUUUGAUAAGGAAAUACUUGGCUUCAAAUUAACACAAUAUAGUGUGGAUGCUUCACCGUUAAUUAAUGAAGCUCGAAGGACAAGAUGCGCUUCAGUUGGUACAAGCUGUGAAACCAUACCAUGCUGUAGUGGACUUAGAUGUAAAAGAACUCCGAAAUUGUUAUGUAUUUCUGGUUAA